AUGUUAGAAGAUUUAAUCAGGCUUAAAUACGUUGAAAAUUUUAUAAAUGAUUUGAUCAAUGGAUAUAGUUUCGAUAUUUCAAAACAGGAUGAUGUGGUUAGGAAAUAUUAUGCCUCAGAGGAAUUAAUAUUAAUUUAUAUAAGACAAGAUACUGAUGAAGUGAGGAAUCGUAUAGACUCCAUCAAUAAACUUUUGAAUCCUAGAAAACGCAUCAAAGAUCGUACCAAAGUUGUACUUAUGUUUAAUAGAUUGAUCAGAUUUGAUGUCUUUGAACCACUUAAUUUCAAUGCAAGACACUUGAAUAUCGUAAUGCCUAAAUUUGAAAUAUAUUUAGAAACAAGGUCUCGGCACUUCCCAAAAGUUUAUAGAAAACUAGUACUUUCAGCCUUCUUUGCCAUGGUUAAUCUCUCUCUCAGUCCAAAGAAUUUAUGGAGAUCAAGUAAAGCACUUCAAGCAACACAUAUUUUACAGAAAAUUACUCAUUUAAAAGAUUCAGAAUCGAGAGUCGUUAGUUACGAAAGUAGUGUUUUUCAAAAUUACUUAAACCCACCAAACUAUGAUUUCUGGAUGUCAUGCAACUCGGAUAUUGUUUUAGGAAUUGACUCUGAAUGGAAAUCAGGCAGAAAUCAUAUUUAUGAAACUUUUGGCCUUUUUCAACCCAAAAUUUAUGAUAUGAAAGAACUUUCUCUUUCUAUAAUCUUCACCUUACAAAAGUAUAAAUUUGUUACUGAUGAGUUUUGGUUCAAGAAUGUUGUUGGAAAAGGAUCAAGUUUAAAAUGUUUAUAUGAUAAUAUUUGGUCAAGAUGUGAAACGUAUUUAAAAGAAUUCAUAGGUUGCAAAUUGAAGGAGAAAUCUCCUAUAUUUAAGUUUAAUAUUGGAUCAGAAGAAAUUUGGUUAAUGACAAAUUAUACUAUAACUUCAAAAAACGGUAAAUACAUUCCCCUAAAAUUGAAUAGAGAUUUAAAGAAUAUGUAUGAAGCCUUCAAAUUAUCAAGUUCGAAUAAUCCCCUGUGUGAAUUCCAAAGACUACCGUUUAUACAUUUAUUCACACAAAUUUUCAUCGAAAGUUUGGGAUGUAAUAGUCUGACUGCAUUUAUCACCGAUGGUAGAACAAUUAUAUACAUAAAGUUCAUCCCUAAAAUUUGUGUUAAAAAUGUAAGGUCAGACUAUUGGGAAAAUAGAAUCAUUCCUUGUGAAAUAUUUGAAGUACAACUGAACAAAGAUUUUAUUAAUUGUGUAAUAGAUGGUAUGUACAAUUCAACAGAAGGGGCAUCAUUUCAAAAGUCAGCAUUAGACCUUUGUACUCAAAAAUCGUUAAUAGAUUAUUAUUAUAGGAUUUUGCAACAGGUUUUAAUAAGUUUAUCUUUCGAGCUCUCCAAAUCAAAAAAUGACGAUGAAAAAUUUGAAAUGAAACUUGCAAUGGAUAUCAGAGAUGUUAUUAGUAAACAAUAUUUAACGACAAUUCUGAUGAUCAAACUUUGUUACGGUGACCGAUUCAUUAAUCGAUCAAUAGAAAAUAUUCUUGAAACAUUCACAGUAGUAGAAAUAUUUGGAAAUGGUUUAAGGUAUCAUGAUAAUGGGACUGUCUUACGAGUAAAGUCGAAAGAUGGAGAUCACUAUAUUUUCAAAAUAUAUGAUCCAGUCUUCUCUAGAUCCAUCAUUCGACACAAUUUUCGAUUCCAUGAAUCAGUACAAGAUAGUAUGACAUCUUUUAUAAACGAGUGUUGUGCAUAUUAUCAUUUGGAAGAACUAAACUUUGUCCCUAAAGUAUUUCAAGUUGGUGUUUUGACUAGCAAGUCGGAUUUUGUAAUGAAAGAGUUAAAUAUUGAUAAGAUGAAUUCAAAGGGAUUUUAUAUACUUAUGGAAUAUAUUCCAGCCAAAAGACUCCUGAUGCAAUUAUACCGAGAUGUAUAUUCUCAACUUCUUAAACUGAAAUUGGAACUCGUUCAUGGCUUGGGAAUUAGUCAUGGUGAUAUUCUUUGGAAGAACAUUUUAAUUAAAGAUGAAGAUAACAGCGAGGAACCUGAAAUCUUUUUUAUUGAUUUUGGAAAUUGUAGAAUAUCUGAUUCAAAGCUACAAUUUUCAAGAUUUACUUCGAAACCAAAGUUAUUUAAAUCAAGUGUUGUGGAAGAUUCGAAUUUACUUAAAAGAUUGAUAACUGCUUUAGGAGUUGAUGGUUCUGUUUUUAAAAAGUUAUGGAAAAUGUAUGAUAUUAAAGUAGCUACUGAUAAUAUAUUUCAUGGUAAAGCGGAAGUCUCAGAUAAAUAA